UAGGCGGCCGCCGCCAUUUUGUCCAGUGAAGAAAAGCGGAGCGGGAGUGUCGUUGAGGGUCGAGUCGGCUACGAAUUUAGCGCGGGCUCCCUUCGCGCGCCCUCCCUCUUAGCAUCGCAAUGCAUCGUGACUCUUGUCCGCUGGACUGCAAGGUUUAUGUGGGUAACCUUGGAAACAAUGGCAACAAAACUGAACUAGAGCGAGCUUUUGGCUACUAUGGACCACUGCGCAGUGUAUGGGUGGCAAGAAAUCCUCCUGGUUUUGCAUUUGUGGAAUUUGAAGAUCCACGUGAUGCAGCUGAUGCAGUAAGAGAACUAGAUGGAAGAACCCUCUGUGGGUGUCGUGUCAGAGUGGAGCUCUCCAAUGGUGAGAAACGGAGUCGGAACCGUGGUCCACCUCCAUCCUGGGGCAGGCGUCCUCGAGACGACUACCGCAGAAGAAGUCCUCCUCCUCGUCGCAGAUCACCACGAAGGAGAAGCUUUUCUCGUAGCCGCAGCAGGUAUGUGUCAGUUACCAUUGCCUGGACUGCUUUGUCCAGAGGUUUAAAAAGAAACAGCUUAAUUUUGGGGCAGACUCCAGGGUGGGCAUUGCGGUUUGGUACAAGGGAGAAAGGGGGUUGCUUCUGUCACAUUGCUUGCCUGGAGUUAAUAUAUUUACACAGCUAUUAGAGGUUCCAGGGUCAUCAGUAGAAGGAUAUUAAGGACGGAAGUAAUUAGGUUUUCUGUUCUGCAGCUGUCCAAGGUUCCUGCCAGUGUUUCGCAAAGUUUCUGUGUUAAUGUGUUACUCCAGAUACUGUGAGCCACAAGUACGGGUGAUAAGAAACACAGCGAGUGUGUUCUGCUGUUGCGUACUGCGACAUGUUAGGUGGCAGUGGCACAGCGGUGUAACAGUUCUGCGUUAGGAUCUUUGAAGCUGCCAGAGUUCGUGUGUGAUUUUUACAUUCUUGCAGCAUAGGGUGCCGUGUUACUGUAUGGGAUGCGUAAGUACGUGUGGGCACGCUGUGUCAGUGGGGCACAGUCUCUUCCAGUCUGACUCUGAAGAGAUUUAAACUGCUGCAGAGGAAGAGAUGCCUGCUUACAGCACAACUUAAGCUGUGUUGUAUGGCUCAAGCUGAUUAUUCUUACCCGAAGGAAGGGCUAAUACUGUCAUAUUUAACAGGUUUCCCCUUGUUGAAUAGUUAAAAACCUUAAUUUCCUGAAGGGAAGCUCUUCAGAUAGCUUUGUAACCUAAUCAGUUCAGC